AGGAAGAUAUUUCAAGAAUUGACAAUCAAUGUCUGUGCGUGGGCCAUCAAAUGAUUUUUGUUUGAUGACUUCAUUUUCUUAUGAGAUUCUAAUCUCAUGAUCAUGGUUUAAUGUGAAAUUGAGGUUUAGUAGCAAGACAAGGUUUGAAAAUGUCGACACAGAAGCCAGUUGAGUGGGUGAAUGCCCUCAUCACAAGGUUUGACAGCCAGCUUCCAUACCGGACUGGCCCUCAAACAACACACACUCGUCUCAACAUCGAGCAGAACAAGCAGAGUCUCAUUCAGAUAUCUCACUACCGCUUCUCGCUGGUCAUAUCGGGACUCACCAAGCGGCUACAGAAGAUCAAUGAGUUCCUGGCGCUGCAGUCGCACAACCCGGACAUGGAGAAGAGCUACUACGAGUCGCUGCUGAUCGUGCUCGACACGCUCGAAAAGUGUCUCAGCGGACCGGCCAAGGACACGACGCGCUUCGACGAGGCGCUCAACGUCAAACUGCUGCUGCGGGAGAUCUGCCAGUUUGUCUAUAUGCCGAAUGGCGACAACCCGAUGGUGGCUCAACUGAGGACUCUGGCAUCGAGCGUGCUUUUUGCGCUGAGCCAGAACAACUUCAACGCCGUGUUCAACAAGAUUUCCGCCAGCCUGACUCAGCUGAGCAACUGCAGUGAUGAGGCGCCCGACUUCUCCGACAUCGAGCUGAUUCAGCACAUCAACCUGGACGUGGUGCGGCUGGUGAAGCUGCUCAGCGAGGUCACGUCCAAGUUCCGCGCGCUCAACAAGCACUCGCAGCUGCACCUCAUGCGCGCCACCGAGCGCGCCAUCUGGAACUGGAUGGACACCUAUCCGCAGGAGUUUGUGAUGCUUCAGAAGUCUCCCAACGAGGACCUGUCGCGCUUCUGCGACCUGCUGUUCGAGCAGAUGGACCAGUUUGCCGACAACAACAAGCGGCGCGCCGCCGUCUGGCCGCUGCAGAUCAUGCUGCUCGUGCUCUGUCCGAAAAUUUUGGAGGAGAUAGUGAACGCCGACAGCGGGGCGCCGUGUUCGCAGCGGCACUCGAAGAAAAAACAGUUUAUCGACUCUCUGAAAAAGCACCUGGGCUCGCACAGCACCAUCAAACAUUUAACGGAGGCGGCGGCGGUGGCCUGUGUGAAGCUCUGUAAGAUCGCCACCUACAUCAGCACCAGCGACUCCAACAACGUGGUCUUCGUGCUCAUACACACCAUCAUCUCAGAUCUGAAGGGUCUGCUGUUCAGCACCACCAAGCCGUUCUCCCGCGGGCCGUCGCACCAGAUUGCCGACGUCGAGCUGCUCAUCGACGGCUUCGUGGCGCUGUUCCGCAUCUCGCCGCACAACAACGACAUCCUGAAGGUGUGCCUGAGCCUGCAGUCGCCCACCGUCUACCACUUCGUCCUCGUCAGCUCGCUGCACAAGAUAAUCACGCAGUCUCGGCUGCCGUGGUGGCCGCAGAUCGACAUAAUGUACUCGCGCUCUGCCCAGCUGCGACACAUGUUCCUCGAGACACUCAACAAGGUCACCCAGUCGGCCGGGCCCGGGUCGCACACACCCCUGAAAAUGAUUCAGAGUCUGGCGCUGAAGGAGAAGGUGAACCCGAUGAAGUUCAAGGAGCGCGCCUCCGAGGACACCCUGACCUGCCGCAGUCUGCUGCUCUGGAUGGUCAGGCUCAUCCACGCCGACCCCAUGCUGAUGCUGAAUAACAAGGGCAAGACGGGCAUCGAGAUCCAGUCGUCGACGCUGGAGCUGAUAAACGGCCUGGUGUCGCUGGUGCACAACGCCACCAUGCCGGAGGUGGCCGCCGAGGCCAUGGAGGCGCUCCUGAUGCUCCAUCAGCCGGAGAAAAUAGAAAACUGGAACCCCGAGUCGGUCAUCAACACCUUCUGGGACGUCAGUUCGCAGGUGCUGUUCUCCACCACCCAGAAGCUGAUCCAGCACCAGAUCAUCAACUACACGGACAUCCUCAAAUGGCUGAGGGAGGUGCUCGUCUGCCGCAACACAUUCCUGCUCAAACACCGCGACCACGCCAAUAUCGGCAGCAACCAGGCCAUCUGCAAGCACGCGCACAUUAAACUGGAGGUGGUGCUGUUCAUGUACCUGUGGAGUAUCGACAUCGACGCUGUGCUCGUGGCCAUGUCGUGCUUCUCGCUGCUCUGCGAGGAGGCUGAGAUCAGGUCUGUGUCGGACGAGGUGACGGUGACGCAGCUGCUGCCCAACUACGCCGUCUACCAGGACCUGGCAGCCGCUUCUCAGCUGCUCACCACCGCCACGAAGGACGCUCGCUCGCUGGUGCAGCCCACACUCACCGGCCGUGCCGCCCUGCAGAAGCGGAUCAUGGCGCUGCUGAGACGCAUCGAGUACUGCACACCGGGCGGCCUCAACGCCUGGGAGGACACGUACAACAAGUGGAACCACGUCACCCGGCUGCACGUGCUCAACAAGGGCAAGCCGGACGACCCGCAGUUGUCGGAGACGCUGUACAGGAGCGCCGGCAAGCGGCGCGCCUCGCACCAGACCUCCGAACACGAACUGGAGGACCAGAUUAACGAGUGGUUCAACAUGACGGGGUUCCUGUGCUCGCUGGGCGGGGUGUGCCUGCGCCGACCCACGGCCAGCUGCUCGCCGGCCAACUGCAACCUCAGCGACGCGGCCAAAAAGUACAACGCACUGUCGGGCUCCAGUCAGGACGUUCAGUACUGCCCGGUCACACAAUUUAUUGGGAACCUUCUGCACCUUCUGGUGUGUUCCCAUGAAAAGUUCGGCACCACCAUUCAGAAGAACGUCAAAGACUUGGUCGGAUGUGAGAUGUCGCCACUGCUCUAUCCCAUUCUCUUCGACCAGAUCAAGGCCAUGGUGGAGAAGUUCUUUGAUCCUCAAGGCCAGGUGAUAAUGAACGACAACAACACGCAGUUCAUCGAGCACAUCAUCUUCAUCAUGAAGAACGUGCUGGAGAACGAGAUGGAGCAGCCGGCCGAGCACCUGGGCGUCAGCUCCAUCGAGGCCAUGAUGCUGUGCAUCGUCAGGUACGUGCGGUACCUGGACCUCACAGUGCACACGAUCCAGAUAAAGACCAAGCUGUGCCAGCUGGUGGAGCGGAUGAUGCAACACCGCGACGACCUGGCCUUCCGCCAGGAGAUGAAGUUCCGCAACAAGAUGGUCGAGUACCUGACCGACUGGGUGAUGGGCAACAGUCACCAGCUGGCGCCGCCCGGCUCCGGCGACGUCACCAGCCUCACCAGGAUGCUGGACCAGGCCUGCAUGGAAGCGGUGGCCGCGCUGCUCCGCGGUCUGCCGCUCCAGGCCGAGGAGUCUGACCGCGGAGACCUCAUGGAGGCCAAGUCGGACCUCUUCUCAAAGUACCUGACGCUGUUCAUGAACCUGCUGAACGACACGGAGUCACAGGGCGAGAAGGAGGUCUCGGAGCACGGCUACCAGACGCAGGAGUCGACAGCGCUGCGCAACGCCACCAUCCAGGCCAUGUCCAACCUGCUCGGCGCCAACAUCGACUCGGGACUCAGCUACUCGCUGCCGCUGGGGUACCGUAAGGACCUGCAGACGCGCGCCGCAGUCAUCGAGGUGCUGACCAAGAUCCUGCAGCAGGGCACCGAGUUCAACAUGCUGGCAGAGACCGUGCUGGCAGACAGGUUCGAGCAGCUGGUGCAGCUGGUGACGAUGAUUGGUGACAAGGGAGAGCUGCCCAUCGCCAUGGCGCUGGCCAGCGUCGUCACCACCAAUCAAAUGGACGAGCUGGCGCGCGUGUUUGUCACGCUGUUCGACGCCAAACACCUGCUACCCCAACUGCUGUGGAACAUGUUCUACAAGGAGGUCGAGAUCACCGACUGCAUGCAGACGCUGCUGCGCGGCAACUCGCUUGGAUCAAAGAUCAUGGCCUUCUGCUUCAAAAUAUACGGCACCAGCUAUCUGCACAACAUGCUUGAGCCGCUCAUCAAAGAGCUGAUGACGGAGCCCAACAAGCGGUACGAGGUGGACCCGUCGCGCCUCGAGUCGGCAGAGACAGUCGAGGAGAACCGCAGCAAUCUGAUGGAGCUGACGCAGAAGGUCUUCAACGGCAUCAUCUCGUCCGCGGAGAGGUUCCCGUCCCAGCUGCGCAUUAUGUGCCACUGCCUGUACCAGGUGCUGAGCAAGCGGUUCCCGCAGUUCCCGCAGAACAACAUCGGCGCCGUCGGCACCGUCAUCUUCCUGCGCUUCAUCAACCCGGCCAUCGUGGCUCCGUACGAGAUGGGCAUCGUGGACCGGCAGCCGGGACCACAGAUCAAGCGCGGACUCAUGCUCAUGUCGAAAAUCCUGCAGAGCAUCGCCAACCACGUCGAGUUCAGCAAGGAGCAGCACAUGCUGGCCUUCAACGACUUCCUACGCUCCAACUUCGAGGCCGGUAGACGGUUUUUCAUUCAGAUCGCGUCAGACUGUGAGACCGUGGACCAGGCGAGCCACUCCAUUUCGUUCAUCAGCGACGCAAACGUACUGGCGCUGCACCGCCUGCUGUGGAACCACCAGGAGAAAAUCGGCGAGUACCUGUCUAGCAGCCGCGACCACAAGGCGGUGGGCCGCCGGCCGUUCGACAAGAUGGCCACGCUGCUGGCCUACCUGGGGCCGCCCGAGCACAAACCGCUCGACUCUCAGUGGAACAGCAUGGACAUGACGAGCACAAUGUUCGAGGAGGUCAUGUCCAAACACAACAUGCACGAAAAGGACGAGUUCAAGUGCAUCAAGAACCUGAGCAUCUUCUACCAGGCGGGCACAUCCAAGGCCGGAAACCCGGUCUUCUACUACAUAGCGCGCCGAUACAAGAUCGGAGAGACGAACGGUGACCUGCUCAUCUACCACGUGAUCCUGACGCUGAAGCCCUACUACCACAAACCGUUCGAGCUGGUGGUUGACUUCACACACAUCUGCAGCGAAAACCGCUUCAGGACCGAGUUUCUGCAGAAGUGGUUCGUGGUGCUGCCGCAGGUGGCUUACGAGAACAUCCACUGGGCCUACAUCUACAACGCCAACUCGUGGGUGCGCGAGUACACCAAGUACCACGACCGCAUCCUGGCGCCGCUCAAGAAUAACAAGAAGAUUGUGUUUCUGGACACGCCGGGCCGGCUGAACGACUUCAUCGAGCCCGAGCAGCAGAAGCUGCCGGCCACCACGCUGGCUCUCGAGGACGACCUCAAGGUCUUCAACAACGCGCUCAAGCUGUCGCACAAAGACACCAAGGUCGCCAUCAAGGUGGGGCCGAACGCCAUCCAGGUCACCUCCACCGAGAAGAACAAGGUGCUGUCGCACUCCGUGCUGCUGAACGACGUGUACAACGCCUCUGAGAUCGAGGAGGUAUGUCUGGUGGACGACAACCAGUUCACCCUGACCAUCGCCAACGAGUCCGGGCCGCUCAGCUUCAUCCACAUCGACUGCGACAGCAUCGUCUCGGCCAUCCUGCACAUCCGCAAACGCUACGAGCUCAGCCAGCCGGUCUCUGCGCCCGUCCACCAGAAGAUCCGGCCCAAGGACGUGCCCGGCACCCUUCUCAACAUGGCGCUGUUAAACCUGGGCUCUCAGGACCCCAACCUGCGCACGGCCGCCUACAACCUGCUGUGCGCGCUCACACAGCACUUUGACCUGCGCAUCGAGGGACAGCUGCUCGAGACGUCCGGGCUUUGUAUCCCGUCCAACAACACCAUCUUCAUCAAGUCUGUGAGUGAGAAACUGGCCCAGAACGAGCCCCACCUGACGCUAGAGUUCCUCAACGAGUGUAUCCAGGGCUUCCGGCAGUCGAGCAUCGAGCACAAACACCUGUGCCUCGAGUACAUGACGCCCUGGCUGCCCAACCUCACCAAGUUCUGCAAGACGUCCGAGGACGGCAGCAAGCGGCAGCUGGAGGACACGAAGCGACAGAAGGUGGCGCUCAUCCUGGACCGUCUGAUCACGCUGACCAUCGAGGAGGAGGAGAUGUACCCCUCGAUCCAGGCCAAGAUCUGGGGCAGCAUUGGACAGGUGUCUGACCUGAUUGACAUGGUGCUGGACGCGUUCAUCCAGCGCUCAGUGACCGGCGGCCUGGGCUCGGUACAGGCCGAAAUCAUGGCCGACACCACCGUGGCGCUCGUCUCGCCCAACGUCCAGCUGGUGGCCAAAAAGGUCAUCGGCCGACUCUGCACGGUGGUGAUGAAGACCUGCACCUCGCCGACGGCGCGGCUCGAGGACCACAUGAACUGGGCCGAGAUCGCCAUCCUGGCGCGCUACCUGCUCAUGUUGUCGUUCAACAACCGGCUGGACGUGUCGCACCAUCUGCCGUACCUGCUGCACCUGGCCACGCUGCUCGUCUGCAUGGGCCCGCUGAGCCUGCGCGCCAGCACCCACGGCAUGGUCAUCAACAUCAUCCACUCGCUGUGCACCUGCACACAGCCCGUCUUCUCAGAGGACACCCAGCGCGUGCUCCGUCUCAGCCUGGACGAGUUCUCUCUGUCCAAGUUCUACCAGCUGUUCGGCAUCAAGCUGCACAACGCCAAGUCGGCGGCCGUCACCGCGUUCCGAAUCAACCUGAAAAACCCCGGCGAACGCUGGCUCCGGGUGCCGGACCGUUCGACGCUGUCGGCCGCCGACCGGGAGACGCUGCCGCUCAGCUCGCUGGAGACGGUGACGGACGCCCUGCUGGAGAUCAUGGAGGCCUGCAUGAGGGACAUCCCCGACUGCGACUGGCUGGACGUGUGGAACGACCUGGCCAAGAGCUUCGCGUUCCGCUACAACCCGGCGCUGCAGCCGCGCGCCCUCAUCGUCUUCGGCUGCAUCAGCCGGUCCAUCACCGACUACGACAUCAAACAGCUGCUGCGCAUCCUGGUCAAGGCACUGGAGCGGUUCACCGACAUGACCCUCAUCGAGGCCAUCAUCAUGUGUCUGACGCGGGUGCAGCCGCAGCUCCGGCCGGAGUCGCCGAUCCACCAGGCGCUCUUCUGGGUGGCCAUAUCGGUGCUUCAGCUGGACGAGAAGACGCUGUACGCCUGCGGACUGGCGCUGCUGGAGCAGAACCUGCACACACUGGACACGCACGGUACCUUCGACCAGGACAGCCUGGAGGAGGUAAUGAUGUCUGCCCGCGAGCCGCUCGAGUGGUAUUUCAAACUGCUCGACCAGUCCGUCGGCCUCAGCUUCAAAGCCAACUUCCACUUUGCGCUGGUGGGUCACCUGAUGAAGGGUUUCCGUCACCCGGACUCGACGACGGUAUCUCGCACGGCCUGGGUGCUCACCAUGCUGCUGGGCAUCGUGGCCAAGCCGCACGGCCGCGACAAGUUCGAGGUCACCCAGGAGAACAUCGCCUACAUGACCGUCAGCUGA